UCCCAGGCAUUCAUUCACCUUGCGGGCACCACACACAGAGUGACAUUUAGACGCAACAUAAACACACACGGGGGACAUAUCCGUCGACACACACACACAGACGUAUACACAGACAAUAGACACACACACAGACGUAUACACAUACAAUACACACACAGACGUAUACACAAACAAUAGACACACAGACGUACACAAAGACAAUAGACACAAACACAGACGUAUACACAUACAAUAGACACACACACAGACGUAUACACAGACACACACACAGAGUGACAUUUAGACGCAACACAAACACACGGGGUAUGUGUAUACAGACGUAUACACAGACAAUAGACACACACACACAGACGUAUACACAUACAAUAGACACACACACAGACGUAUACACAGACACACACACAGAGUGACAUUUAGACUCAACAUAAACACACGGGGUCUGUGUAUACAGACGUAUACAGACGUAUACACAGACAAUAGACACACACACAGACGUAUACACAUACAAUAGACACACACAGACGUAUACACAUACAAUAGACACACACAGACGUAUACACAGACAAUAGACACACACAGACGUAUACACAGACACACACACACAGACGUAUACACAUACAAUAGACACACACACAGACGUAUACACAUACAAUAGACACACACAGACGUAUACACAGACAAUAGACACACACAGACGUAUACACAGACACACACACACAGACGUAUACACAUACAAUAGACACACACACACAGACGUAUACACAGACACACACAGAGACGUAUACACAGACACACAGACACAAUAACCAACUCUUUACAGGCUGGUCGGAGCAAAGUGUUGCUGUUAGCGAGCUCCUAUUAAGACCGGGACGCAGCCACACAAAGACAAAGGUCCCCCGUGUAGCCUUUAACAGACAGUCGGGGGCAAGUGCUUGUCAACUUUGAAGACCGGCACACAGAGUCAGACACACACACAGAGACGAAACAGACGGGUCGAGAGAGGCAAGUGCUGAUAGCAGCUGCUGUUGUUGAUGAUAGCGAGCACCCAAGCAGGAUCAGCAGCAGCAGGAUCAGCAGCAGGAGGAGGAGGAGGAAGAGGCGCGUGGUGGUGAUGAUGAUGAUGCCACUCAGGCGACAGGACGAGGAGGAGUGCACCGAGCCCGUCAAGCUGAUGAUCUCGGGAGGCCUGCCGGAGUGGCUGCGCGGUUGUCUGAUACGCAACGGGCCAGGCAAGCACAGUGUCGGGGACACGCACUACUGCCACUGGUUUGACGGCCUGGCGCUGUUGCGCAAGUUCGACUUCAGAGAUGGCGAGGUGUGGUUCAGCAGUCGCUACCUGCGCAGCGACACGUACACGAAGAACGUGGAGGCCAACCGCAUCUUGGUGCCAGAAUUUGGCACGAGGGUCCCGCUCGCAGAGGGCAUGGGUCUCUUCCAGAGGUCCCUGGCGCUGCUGCGGAGCGCGUUGCCCGAGGUGACGGACAACUGCUCGGUGAACUUGAUGCGCUGCGGCACCGACGUGUACGCUCAGAGCCAGACGCCGCUGCUGCGUCGCAUCGAGCCCACGUCGCUGCUCACGUCGGACAAGGUGAACUUGGCCGAGAAGGUGGGGAUGAACAUGCUGACGGCUCACCCGCUGUACGAGCCGGACGGCACGGCCUACAACGUGGCCACGGUGAUCGGCGAGAAGGGCCGCACCAAGUACAACCUCCUGCAGAUCCCGCCCACCGCCGCCGGCGAGGAGCACAACUCGGGAGUGGGGAGGGCGCGGGUGCUGUGCAGCGUGCCCUGCUCCCGCAUGAUCAGCCCCAGCUACCUGCACAGCUUCGGCCUGUCCCACUCGCACGCGCUGCUCCUGGAGUCGCCGCACGUGCUGCACGUGCUGCGCAUGCUCACCUCCUCGCUGCGCGGAGACAACAUGGCCAGCUGCCUCUCCUACGACCCCGGGCAGAAGACUCACAUCCACGUCCUGGCGAGGAAGAGAGAGGACGCGGCACCGCCCUCCGCCCCUUCCUCCUCGUCGUCGUCGUCGCCUCCAGACGUCGUCACGUGCUACACGGACGCGGGCGUCUUCAUCCACCACGCCAACACGUACAACGACGAGGGCCACCUGGUCGCGGACGUCACGUCGCACGACGGAGACGGAGUCUACGCGGCAUUCUACAUCGGCAAAGGCGAGGAGGAGGAGGGUCGUGACAACAAGAAGAAGAGAGUCAAGUCCAUGAGCAACAGCAGCAUUGGAGGAGGAGGAGGGGACGACGAUGUGAAGGAGGGGAGAGCGCCCGCGAAGGGCCGCCUGCUGCGCUUCGUUAUUCCGUUGGAGGCCAACGAGAAGGGUGUGGAGAUCGGCACGAACCUGGUGACGCUGCCAGGCAGUGAGGCCUGCGCCAUCCGCGACAAGGACGGACACCUGUACUGCAUUCCCGAGGAGAUCGCACAAAGCGUGGACCUGCCCUGCAUCAACCCGGCUUUCUCCGGGGUCAAGAACAGAUUCCUGUACGUGGUGGAGACGCAGGCGGGCAUGGUGGCAACCAAGAUUUUGAAGCUGGAUCUGUUGGAGAAGACUCGGAGAGAGUGGCGAGAGCCACGUGGCUGGGUGGGGGAGCCCGUCUUCAUCGCCAGACCCGGGGCUACGGACGAGGAUGAUGGGCUGCUGCUGGUGGUGGUGGGCCCCCUGCACUGCGGCGAGCAGGCCCUGCUGGUGGUGCUGGGCGCUCGCGACCUGGAGGAGCUCGCCCGAGCCCCCUUCCCCUCCGCCCUGCCCCUCGACAUGCACGGCAUCUUCCUGCCAGCGUGAGGGGCACUUCCCUCCCACUGGACCAUACCGCUCGCUCGCUCGCCCAUUUGGUCGUUCGUUCGUGCGUGCGUUUGCUCGCCGACUCGUUCAUCCAUUCGUGAGCUCGCUCGGUCAACCACACGCUUGCCUACUCGUUCAUUCACCUCCUCGCUCAGUCAACCACUCGCUCGCUCACUGGUUCAUUCACCUACUCGCUCAGUCAACCACUCGCUCGCCCACUGGUUCAUUCACCUACUCGCUCAGUCAACCACUCGCUCGCCCACUGGUUCAUUCACCUUCUCACUCAGUCAACUGCUCCCUCGCCCACUGGUUCAUUCACCUACUCGCUCAGUCAACCACUCACUGCCCCACUGAUUCAUUCACCUUCUCACUCAGUCAACUGCUCCCUCGCCCACUGGUUCAUUCACCUACCCACUCAGUCAACCACUCGCUCGCCCACUCGUUCAUUCACCUCCUCGCUCAGUCAACCACUCGCUCGCCCACUGGUUCAUUCACCUACUCGCUCAGUCAACCACUCGCUCGCCCACUGGUUCAUUCACCUACUCGCUCAGUUAACCACUCCCUCGCCCACUGGUUCAUUCACCUACUCGCUCAGUCAACCACUCCCUCGCCCACUGGUUCAUUCACCUACUCGCUCAGUCAACCACUGGCUCGCCCACUGGUUCAUUCACCUACUCGCUCAGUCAACCACUCCCUCGCCCACUGGUUCAUUCACCUACUCGCUCAGUCAACCACUCGCUCGCCCACUGGUUCAUUCACCUACUCGCUCAGUCAACCACUCCCUCGCCCACUGGUUCAUUCACCUACUCGCUCAGUCAACCACUCGCUCAUAAAUCAUUAACUGGCUCACCGUCUCAACCCACAGAUGAGCGGAAAAGACCCAGAGGCCGAAUGAAGGAAUGAAUGAAAGAACGAAGCAUUGAAUGAAGGAAUUAAUUAAGGAAGCAGCUACACGUGGGGGUGGGCAGUUGACGCGAAUCCAGGAGGGGUUUAUAUUACACCUCUACCACCACCACCACCCCUCCACUCGUUUGUAAUCCUCUCUAAGUCCUAAUGAAUCCGCCUGCUCAGGGAUUUUAGUGGUCCCCCCCCGCCACUCCCCACCCCACUCUCGUUUCGUCCCGCGCAGAGCCAAACUAGCAGUCGUUAACGGGAUAGGCCAAAAUAUACUAAUAAUUAUCACUAUGUAGUGUAACAAACAACGCGGUCGAGGUCUUUUUCGGCCAAUAAACGACGAGCGGCGUCUCCGCACCCCCCCGCACGCGCAAAUGGAACAGAUGGAGUUUCACGCUCGCUGAGUGCUGUCGCUUCGUGGCCAGCCCGGGGUAUGGCACCUCCUAGAUGUCAGCGGGGGGGGGGGGGGGCGGGGGGGGCGCGGGGUUGAGUUUCCCAACAUCUGCGCGCGUGAUACGCCAACCCCUCGCUACCCCCACGGUGCCGCGUUACAUGCGGUCACGUGCUGCGUAGCCGCCACCACCGUCACCGCCGCCGCUGCCCGGCUGGUAGCACCCAAGUGUAUCGCAGGACGCUCCUAAAGAUUAGCCUCGAGACUCGGUGAGACUCGACUGGGAGAAUGCCACGGUGAUUGACCGUGUCGGCGUUAUGUGUGAGUGUUGGGGUUGUGUUUGAGUGGGGCCAUUGACGUGUGCGUCUAUUGCCUGCGUGCGUGUGUGAGUGGGGAGCGGUCGUGUAGUGGUUAGUGCGUGUGUGAGUGGGGGGCGGUCGUGUAGUGGUUAGCGCGCUGCGCUACGAACCACCAAGGCGGCUGGGCGUGGUGCUGGCCAACCACCCCUUCGUGUGCCGUGCCGGCCUUCAUAAGUGCUCACAGCACUUGCCCCAACAGUCUGUUCGGGCUAUACGGGGGAUUUUUAUACUGUAUCGUGUGUGAGGAGCGGUGGCGUAGUGGUUAUCGCACUGCGCUACGAACAAGAGUUUGAUUUCUGCCCACGGCCAACAUAAAUUUUUCGACCGGUGCUAGACCUCCCCUAGGUGGACUCGGCCUUAAAUAAGUACGUGGUGCAGUGUAUAAGCAUCAGCGCUGGGGGGACAAAGGCGGACGGGCGUGGUGUUGGCCACGUAUUACCUUCAUGUGCCUUGAAGGCUAGAAGCACUUUGGCCCUAAUAGUCUGUUAAAUGAUGCACAGGAGGGCUUUGUCUUGUGCGUGUAUGCACGUUGCAGCGUAUGCUGGAGUAUGUAUGUGGUCAGUUCACUUUUGCUGCUCAUCAAUGUGUGUGUGUGUGUUCGUGUGUUCGUGCUGGGGAGUAAUUAGCUCGCUGCACUACACAGCGGGCAACCCGAGUUCGAUUCCCACUCACGGCCAACAACGAUUGUCUCAACCGCUACUGCACCUCCCCAUAGGUCAACUCGGCCUAAAAUGAGUUCCUUGUGUGGAAGUGUGUAGACAUCGCCACUCGGGAGACGAAGGCGGCCGGGCGUGGUGCUGGCCACCCACCCCCUCGUGUGCCGUGCCGACCUUCAUAGGUGCUGCUCACUAACAGCACUUGCCCCAAAAGUCUGUGAAGGCUAAGGGGGGGGGGGGCAGGGGGAUCUUUGUCUUUGUGUUGUUGUAUGACCAGUCGUCCCAAUGUAGCAUGACCCUCCUGAAAAUAAACACAUUGAGACUAGUCAUGGGUAAGUAAAUAAAGG